CCACGCCCCCUUCUCCUCUACAAGGACGGCCGCGAACAAGCCCUCCAAACCCACAUUCUGCAGCACCCCAACGCAUCCUCCCUCCAAAACCAACCGGCGUCCAUCCUCGCCGAAAUCGACCAAUGGGCCGCCGACAACAACCGAUGCAUGAUGACGAUCGGGCCUGAGCGGAGCGCGCCCAUCGUUGAUCUCAUUCGCACGACCAAGCCCCAGACUAUGACUGAGCUGGGCGGCUACAUCGGCUACUCGGCCAUCAAGUUCGGGGAAGAGGUGCGGCGCGCCGGUGGCACCCGCUACUGCAGUCUCGAGUAUAACCCCGAGUAUGCGGCUAUCGCGCGCUCGCUCGUCGAGUUCGCCGGAUUGGGGGAUUUCGUCACUAUCUUGGUGGGCGACGCAAGGGAUUCCUUGGCGCAGUUGGCGGGGAAGGCUACGUUGGAUUUGUUGUUCUUGGAUCAUUCGGGAAGGUUGUAUUUGCAGGAUCUUCUCACGGUGGAGAGGCUGGGUUUGCUGGUUCGGGGCGCGCAUGUUGUCGCUGAUAAUGUUUGGUUGCCUGGUGCGGAGCCGUAUGCGGAGUUUAUGGGGCAGAGUGAGCAGGUGGUUGAUGGGAGGGUGCUGAGGUAUGAGACCAGGACGUUGCCUUAUGUUUUGUCGAAUGGGCAGCAGGUGAGUUGA